AAAAAAUUUUAAAUAAAAUAUGUGACAAAAUAUUAGUAAACUGAAAGCGACAUCUAAUUAAAUCAUUCUUGUUAUAUCAUUUUAUAUCUUUUCAUAGAUAAUAAUUGUGAAUUAUAUGUGCAAGAUAAAGUAUACGUUUUCAAAAGGUCUAAGUCUUCAACAAGUUGAUAUAUUAAAUAAUUUGAUAAAAAGUAAAAUAUGGUACCAGAACUAUCAAAAUACUGAAAAACCUUCAUAUAUUAUUGAUAUUAAAAAUGAAGAAAGUCAUCAAAAGUAUGAUACAAUAAUGGUAUUGAAUAGUAAUUCAAUAGAUUAUAACUGUGAAAUCUCUGUUUUUCAAACUAAAGUGCGACAGUACCAUUUAUUACUAAGCAGUUUCUAUGCUGAUAAUCUAAUAGACUUCAUAAAUUUAACCAAAUAUUUUUGGAAUUUAUGUAUGGAUGAUGUAAGUAAUAAAAAUAUAUUUAUGACAACAUUUACUGGAGCUAAUACUUAUUUAAUAAGAAUGUUAAAUACGUUAAAUUAUUUUUCUGAAAUUUUAAAUCCUGAUGCAUCAUCAUCAGAAGAUAAUUUAUUGAAAAAUCCGGUACACAAUGCAAUAAUGAGUCUCAAAGGAAUAGUAAAAUGUCAAAGUCAUGACAAUGAUUGUAUCAAUAGUCAGCUUAAUCAAGCGCUCAAAGAUACAAUGAACUUUUUUAAGGUUCAUAAUCCAAAUGAUACAAAAUAUUGUGUUUCAUAUUUAAAACAACUUUACGAUUCUUCUUAUGAUAAUAAUAGUAAAUUAUUGUCUGAUAAAAUCAAUCUUAUAAAGUAUUUAUUUGAAUUAAAAGUUCAACAAAAUGAAAUGUUCAUUGAGCAGUUUUGUUUUUGAUUCAAAGAAGAUGAGUCUGUAGCGUUUUAUCAACUUAACCAGGAAGUCCAAUAGAAAAUAAAAAUAAAACACAAUGCUCUGAAUUUUAAAAUUAAACUAAGAUAAAAACAUUUUUAAUUAAACUGUCUUGUUAAAAAAUUUACGUAAUAAAUAUAUAUUUAGAAAUCAUUACAUUUUUCGAUAAAAUGUAAUUUAAUUAUUAAAUAAUAAUAAACAAAAUUUGUCUAUAAACUUUAACAAAAUUUAAUGUUAUUAAAGUAAUUACCAAUUAUUUUAUAAUUA